CCAUUGAUGUUGGAGGAUUCGGUUGAAUUGCUCGACAAGAAUGUUAACCCCAGGGGAUGACAGCGACCUGACCCCCACUGUGAUGAAAUGGAAGACAGUCUCGGCUAUUUUUCUGCUGGUGGUGCUGUAUUUGAUUGUCGGGGCCACUGUCUUUAAGGCACUGGAGCAACCGAAUGAAAGCAGUCAGAGGACCACUAUUAUAGUGGAGAAGCUGGAGUUUCUGGAAAAGCACCUGUGUGUGGAUUCCAUGGAUCUAGAACUAUUGAUCCAGAACGUUGUGGAAGCUAUAAGUGCAGGUGUUAAUCCAGCAGGAAAUUCUUCCAACCAGACCAGCCACUGGGACUUAGGCAGCUCCUUCUUCUUCGCUGGCACAGUUAUUACCACCAUAGGAUUUGGCAACGUGUCUCCGAGUACUGAAGGCGGAAAAAUAUUCUGCAUUAUUUACGCUUUGUUAGGAAUCCCACUGUUUGGGUUUCUGCUAGCUGGUGUUGGUGACCAACUAGGGACCAUAUUUGGAAAAGGAAUUGCUAAAGUGGAAGAUGUAUUUCUUAAGUGGCAAAUCAGCCAAACCAAAAUCCGUGUGAUUUCCACAGUUAUAUUCAUCCUGUUCGGCUGCCUGCUGUUUGUAGCAAUCCCUGCCAUCAUAUUUAAGCACAUAGAAGGUUGGACAACACUGGAGUCUAUUUACUUUGUAGUGAUCACCUUGACAACAAUUGGAUUCGGUGAUUAUGUGGCAGGAGGGAGCCCCGCUAUUGAUUAUUUAGAUUGGUACAAGCCUGUGGUGUGGUUCUGGAUCCUUGUAGGACUUGCUUACUUUGCUGCUGUUCUGAGCAUGAUUGGAGACUGGCUUCGAGUCAUAUCAAAGAAAACCAAGGAAGAGGUUGGAGAGAUUAGAGCUCACGCUGCUGAAUGGACGGCCAAUGUCACAGCGGAAUUCAAAGAGACUCGCAGGCGACUGAGUGUGGAAAUUUAUGACAAGCUUCAGAGAGCCACGUCCAUCAAAAGGAAACUGUCCUCAGAGAUGGGAGGGCAGCAAGCACAAGAGUUAACUCCAGGCAAAAGAACAUUGUCAGUCAACCUGAUGGAUGAAAGAGACACUCUGCCAACUCUGUCAAAAAAUGGUAGUCUUUAUCUUAAUGGCUUGUGCCCUCAGUAUACUAGUGGAGAACUGUCAGUUAUCGAAGACAUCAAGUGAAAUCAAGUGGAAAAUAUGAACUGUAACAAAC